AUGGAAGGCUACGUACCAGUCCCGAUAUCGAACAGCCGAGCAGGGCGUUGGACAGGAACCGGAAGCGACGGUACACGAGUUUUCACGCAAGCGCGCGACGUGUGUACUCGAGUUCCGGUGCUGGAUACUCAGCUGUGCAUGUCUCACGGAGCGCAUCCUAUAUCGAAGGCAAACGUAAGACUUGCCUUCCAGAAGCCCGGUGGUGUUCUGGGACAAGUCAAUGUGAGCGUGUUUGCUCAAAACGGAUGCGAGAUAAAACCUGGGUGCGGCAACCGUGUUGCCGUCUCCAAAUCUGAGGCACACGCUCUUGGAAGCGAGAGCUCGUGCUUCACACAUGGGAGCCGGUGUCUAUAUCCGCACCCACAACGCAAGUCGGCCCAAGAAAAUGUGAACAGUGUCGACACUGAUCGGGGUGAUACUCGCAUGAUAGCCGUGGGUCCCCGUCGAACCAAUGCCCGCAGGAGUGAUAAUCCAGAAAAACUUGAGGAUUCAUGUGAAUCAGAUAGUGUAAUUACUGGCAUCAUUCUGCGAAGCCCGGAUGAAGCCUAUCAGGAUCGUGGUGAUCAUGCAGGGCUCGAGCACGCAGUAGCAUCGCGGAACCAGCGGCGCAAUAAGAUCCCUCGUGUCGACCCUCGAGGGCUUGCUGCGUACGCAGACGAAUUGCUCGCGGCGGCAGACAUUGAUAUCAUAUCCCUCUCUGCAGAAUUUGGCUCUGUCGACAGGAAUAGCCGUAACCAGCGAACACGGAUCUCGUUCCCCGGGUCAUUGCGUGCCUACGUUCGAGGUCUGGAGCGGCAGUAUCAGUUUGAGCAGUCGUCAGAUGCACCUGAGUCUGUCGCUGAGGCAGAAAACAAAAUGGUGAAGAGAUCAUCGCCUGCAGCGAAGGGCAAAAGCUCCUUGACACGCUCGGAGAAGCGUGCGGCGGCCGCUAAAACGAAAGGUCGGCAACCGAGGGCACGCAAGACGGAGCGCCUCACCGGCGCGCAAGUCCGAAUGCGAGCGGGCCCCCGGAUGAAGAAUACUGUAUCUACGGGUGACGCUUCCGUCGCUAGUGUUAAUAGCAAUAGUGGCACGGUGGACCCUUUUGAUGGUAUAUUUUCCGGCCUUGACGAUGAAGAACCUGAUCUCGACGCGGAUAGCGAUAAGUUGCUAGAUGCUCUGGUUGAGGAAGAUGAAUCUGCGGAAGCUGAGCCAAACACAGGUGAGCGGAAGGAUGAUACGAUUCGUUCGUAUCUGUAUGAAAUCGGGCGCUACCAACUUCUUCAACCUGGGGAGGAGGUCGAACUCUCCAGACAGGUUUGUGUCCUCAUGGAUUUGGAGCGAUUUCAGAAGUCGUUUCGGGAGCAGCAUGGCAAGUCACCGACCGAGCUGGAGUGGGCUCGAGGAUGCGGCUACGGCGAAGAUGUCGAGGCGCUCCGCAAGCAUAUCCGAGAUGGAAGAAGUGCGAAGGAAAGAAUGGUAACCGCCAAUCUGCGGCUGGUGGUCUCCAUCGCAAAACGCUAUUCUAACCGUGGCGUAGCUCUGCAGGAUCUGAUCCAAGAGGGCUCCAUUGGACUCAUACGAGGAGUUGAAAAAUUUGAUGCUGGGCGAGGAUUCCGGUUCUCCACGUACGCAACUUGGUGGAUACGGCAAUCCAUUACACGAGCAAUAUCGGAUUCCUCACGUUCCAUAAGACUGCCUGUUCACGUCCAUGACACGAUUUCCAUGAUUCGAAAGCACACCAAGGCCCUGCAUACACAGCUGGGGCGUCCACCUCGCGAGGACGAAAUCUGCGAAAGUGUUGGAAUAGAUAUUGCAAAGUAUCGUUUAAUCAUGGAAUGUUCUCAGAAUAUUGUGAGCCUCGAAACACCCAUGCACGGUACAGAUGACAUACACAACCUCGGCGAGUCCCUGAUAUCCCCAGAGGAGCGCUCUGAGGAUACUGUCUCGCGAGAUACCUUGCGGGAUAGCAUUGAAAAGGUGCUGCGGUGUCUGACUGCGCGUGAACGGGAGGUUAUUCGCAUGCGCUUCGGCCUAGCAGACGGCCGACCGCGAACUUUGGAGGAAGUGGGAGUCAAAUUUAAUGUUACCAGAGAGCGCAUUCGGCAGAUCGAAUCCAAGGCUCUGAAAAAGCUCCGAAUUCCUGCAGAGAACAAUUUCCUCGACGAGUAUCUCACGGAGCUCUAG